AUGCCAAAACUUAAUCAAGAAAAUAUUACUCAAUCUGAUUGCAUUCCAAAUUCUGUUGUUGUUGAGCCUAAGGAUCACAUGAUAGGUGGAUGUCCACCCGCUGCAUUCUGCAGUACCCCUGGCCCUAUGAAUAACUUUUCAUCAAGUUCACUUAAAGUUGAUGGCGCAGUAGCACCAAAAACAGUAUCAGGUGAUGUUCUUUUAAACGCCCUUCAAGUGACACCGAUUCAUCCGGUUUUUGCAAAUCAGAAUAAAUCGUCAGCCUGUGAAAUGGAGAAGACUUUAUCACAGUUGGAUUACCACCAUCUAAAGGACACACCAUUACAACACAAUAAUAAUGGUGACCAUAAUAAUGCAACACAUUACUCACUUUCAUUACUUAGCCGUGAACUGGUUGUUCAACUCACUGCAAUCGAUUUCUCCAAUCCCCCUCAGCUGUCACAGUGUAGUCCUUCAGAUGAACACAGACAAAACUGUCAACAACAAGACUGUCAAUUUCAAUCCCCAGGAUUGAGUAGACCUAUUGGAUCUGGGAAAAAGUCGAGUACAUACACAAAACGAUUAACUCGACACUUUCGUCGUGAAAAUAUGAUAUUAAAUCGUUCAUACAUGGAAUUAUUUGUAGCUGGGGAUGCUAAAGGAGCGUUAUUAAAGAUUCGUGGACAAACUGACUACAAAUCAUUUACUCAACUUUUAUUUCCUAAUCGACGAAAAAAUUUGAAAAAAAUCGGUGAAGGGUGUUUUGGUGAAGUAUUCCGAUGUUGGGCGGGGAAGCGCGUCGUCUUGAAGUUUAUCCCAAUAGAGGGAAAUGUAAAGUUCAAUGGGGAAUCCCAGAAGACUUUUAAUGAAGUCUUAUCCGAAGUAAUUGUAUCUAAAGAACUAACAGCUCUUGCUAUGGGCUACGCAAGCUGCACUUCCGGUUUUGUAGAGUUGAUAAG